AUGCGAGAAACGGUGAAACAACUAAACACUAAACAAUGGCGACACUUCCACCGAGCCCAGCGGCCAUCUUCUCAUUGACGAUAGGACUGCCGACUGCCGACACUGGUGCCAGACCGCCAAUCGGAUGAAUUUCUGCUGUUCCCCCUCCCGCCCCUCGCCGGCCGCGCUCCUUCCUUCCUACGCGAUCUUUCUCUCUCGCGUUCUAUCCCUCACCUUACCGAUUCCCUCUUCUGCGAUGGAUCGCGACACGAGCAACCAACAUCAGUAUGGAGUUAUGGAGACCGUCGACCGAAAUACUGAUUUCUCCUGCACAACCACCGCGAUCCUAUCAUGUUUCGUUCUGUCGGUGAUGUACGUCGCGAGUCUCUAUGUAUGGGGGUUACCGUACAAUAGUAAUCAUCCAACCGUAAUUAAACAAAGAUUUUUUAGCGUUUUUAUCAUGUCACUUAUAUCUCCCGCGUUCGUCUACUUUAGAAUCAAUGACAAAACAUUUCAGAAGGCGACAAUGUGGGAGUUACUGGGUCUCAGGUGGCCCGGCUUGUUUCAAGCAAUCGUGAUACCAUUGUUAUUGACAAUGAUACUAUUCCUAGGGCCAAUAUGUAUGCAAGGUUUCAAUGGAUUUUUUAGAUUGUACGCUGUACCCAUGUACUGGCUCGGGAACAUGAGGACGAUAAUAUGGUGGAGAAACGUGGUGGUCGCUCCUUUGGCCGAGGAGUGGACGUUCAGAGCAUGUAUGUUACCAUUGCUACUGCAAUGUUUCACGCCGACCACUGCUAUAUUUACGUGCCCUUUAUUUUUUGGGUUCGCCCAUUUUCAUCACCUGGUAGACAGAAUGAGAACAGGCAUGAAUCUGAAACACGCGAUACUCCUGUCUUGUUUUCAGUGUGCAUUUACAACGUUGUUCGGGGCAUACGCUGUGUUCCUCUUUAUUAAGACAGGGCACUUCGCAGCGGUGUUCGUGGUACACUCUUUCUGUAACUGCAUGGGAUGCCCCGAUUUAUCCGAGGUCGUCGCCGUUAAGGAUCGUUUGAAAAGAGUCGGGCUACUUUCUUUGUUCAUAAUCGGAUUAGUGGCUUGGUGCUUUUUAUUAACACCGAUGACGAAUCCGAGACUGUUUCAAUAAUCAAAAUAAUUUAUUCUGGCAUGAGAGUUUUACGCAAACGUAACUUGUUUACAACGACGUUACUCACGUUACAUGCAAUUUUUAUGAGAAGAGAGUCUAGCCCGAUCUAACAUUGCUUCGAGAAUUCGUAUCGCACAAUAUUUUUUAGAACGUGUUUAUUACCGAACGGGGCGUUCCGGUUUCGAAUCCCACAUUUUUAGGAACCUACUUCGAAAGAGUCAUUAAACAUGUUCCAUCGGGUGUGGGCACACGCAUUUAUGGCUACAAUAUCUCGAGUCCCCCGGCUGAUCGAUCGAUUUGAAAUUUACAGAGCGUCUUCGACACACGUUUCAUUACCAGACGAACCAAAAUCGUUAACGUCCGUCCAUAAAUGUACGUACGAGAACCUAAAGGAAAAUGCUCAAUAGCUCGUUUGAAAAUGAUUCCUAAGAAUUGUUGUGAAAAUAUGGAAUUAAAAAAAUCGUCGUAGCCGCCUCUUGAAAUUUCGAGGUCGACGAGACUGUUUCGCAAGAUACGCGACGUAUACAUUAUACGUGUAAGUACAACUUCGUCGAGAGAUGAACGUAUCUCGUGACUAUUUCCUUGUGCCCGUACAAUGCAAGAUUUUUGAGUUUUAAUUUGUGAAUCGUCGUGUGUCGGGUAACGUUCGUGCAAACAAGUUACCACGGACAAGCCAGUCACACGACAUAGGACUGUACGAUACGAAAUCACCGUAGUGCCUCUGUGAUGUAAUUAAGUUUACGCAGAUAUAUGUAAUCGUGAACAUUAAUAUAAAUUUAAUCUAAUCUAA